AUGACUGUGUACUUAGAUAUAAUACAUUACCAUUGGGAUUUUUUGGUAUUGAGAGGCACUUCGCAUCUUCCAGUGGAGAGAGGCAGAGCUGCAGAAGGCGAGGCGAGAGGAGGCGAUGGCGCGAGGACCCUUGACGGCGAGGCAGCUGUUCCGGCGUCUCGCUCUGGUGCUUCUGGCGGCGGCGGCGGUCAGAGGGGCGGCCGGUGCCCAGCUGGCCCCUGCGUCCGGUGGGUGUGCUUGGUACCUGGUGUCGUGCCCUUCUUGGGUCAGGACUUGGAGGUUGGGAUCAUGUGCAGUCAUUUGACAGACCGGCGCAGGCUACCUGACGCAGGGGCCGCCGUCGCCGCAGUGAUGGCAGAAGCUCCUCAAGAAUAUAACUCCGUCUUUCUUGUCACUGAUGGCACUUCCGUCAACAACAUCCUGGAGAGUCUCGGGCAAGUGACAGGCCUGUCUGGCGUUGCUGUCAUGGAAGUGUUGCCAGAUCAGAGCUUCAACGUCACCCUGAAACACGCGGUGACACUGACUCGAAAGAUGAGGAGGUCUUCCAGGGGCGUGACCGUGGUCGUGGCGAGCGACGAUCCCGACUUCCUCAGCGCCUUCGCCCAGAUGGCCGACGACGGUCGUCUGACGGUGUGGGAGAACAGGGUCCUGGUGGUGACGAGACUCGAGAGGCAGCAGUUCCUGGCCCUCAUGAAGAACCUCUGGGUCCUGUCCAUGCUGAACACCAUGCUGCUCAACGAAGAUGAUGAUACGAUUGACUUGAGGUAUGGAUUGUACAGCCAUUUCCCGUACGGCCCAGGUGGCGCCCAGACGGUGCGCGUUGCCACCUGGACGCCUCGGGAAGGGUUAGAACUCCUGACGCACCACCCGCUGUUCCCAGAAAAGUACACUGACUUCCAUGGCGCGCCCAUCCCCUUGGCCCUGUGGCCCUUCCCGCCCUACUGGGAGGAGAAGAAAAAGGUGGCACCAAAUGGCACUGUAUCGACGAAGAUCUCUGGCAGAGCUUUCCUCAUCCUGGACACCAUCGCCAACCACCUCAAUUUCACCAUCGGCGAAAGACUGCCUUCUUCUUCUCCUACGGAUCUGAUGAGCCAGUUAUUCAACCGCCAAGCCUUGAUCAGCCCAAUGAAACUGGCUCUCCUGCCCCACCUGGCUCUGCGCUACGACUACACCUUCAUGAUCGAGGAAGCCACGCUCACCUUCUGCAUGGCCAAGCCCGAGCUGAAGCCUCGCUGGCAGAACCUCUACUACCCUCUUGGCGACAGCGUGUGGGCCUCCAUCAUGGCGCUGCUUGUGGUAGUGCCGGCGAUGUUUUUCUUGAUCACCAAACCCUGGAUGGCAAGCGGAGCGAGGAGGAAGUUCAGCCCCGUGGUGGCGGCGCAACAGGUGCUGGGGACGCUGCUCGCCCAGAACUUCUCGCUCCGCCUCCCCGCCGCUUCCUCGACCCGCAUCCUGGCGGCUUCCUGGCUCAUAGUCGCGUUCAUCCUGGGCUCGGCCUACCGCGGCAACCUCACCGCCUUCCUCACCAUCCCCAAGCAUCCCCCGCGGGUCGAAGGCCUCAGGGACCUCCUCCAGACCUCCGCUAAAGUUAUCAUGCCUUCAGACCUUCGCUUGAACUUCUACACGACCUUCAAGGAAUCGAACUCCAGCAUGUCCAAGAAGUUUAUUGAGAGAACGUACUUUGUGGACACCCACCUGGAAGGCAUGCAGCAGGCACUCAAAAGGAAAGAAGCCUUCGUGUACGAACGUCUCUUCACGGAACUGAUGAUCAUCAAAAACUUCACCAACGUUGACGGAUCGACGCCCAUGUACGUGGUGAGGGAGAAUCUCGUCCCGGGGUACUCUGCCUGGCUCCUGCACCGCGACAUGCCCUUCAAGAGGAAUCUGGACAGGUGUAUCUUGGCCUUUCAUGAGGUGAGGACAUGCGUCUAG